AUGCAGUCCGUUUCCGACAGCCCGCCCCGCGCUCCUCCGGUCAAGUACAACGCCCCUCUAGGCACUCGUUGGGCGAAGGAAAAGGCGGCGGCUGGCGGUGCAACCGCGUUCGACCUUCCCACUGACCCCAAGGCCAUCGGACCAUGGAUCCUCGGGGAGUGCAUUGGAAAAGGCGCGUCAGGGCGGGUCAAGAUCGCGAAACACCGCCGCACUGGUCAGCUCGCCGCCGUCAAGAUUUUGCCUGUUGCCCCUCUUGUCAAUUCUCGCGCUUCUCUGGCGACUCAGCAGGCAAAAUCAGAAAAACAACGUCUCGGUAUCGACCGCGAAAUCACCAUGAUGAAGCUUAUGAACCACCCGAACAUCAUGCGCAUCUACGACGUCUAUGAGGGUGACAAGGAGCUAUUUCUGGUCCUCGAAUACGUGGAGGGUGGCGAACUGUUCGAUUUCUUGGUCAACAAGGGCCGACUUCCCCCAAGCGAGGCUCUCAUCUACUUCAGACAAAUCAUCUACGGCCUCAAUUACGCUCAUACCUUCUCUAUCAUCCAUCGUGACCUCAAGCCAGAAAAUAUUCUCAUAGCAUCCCUCUCACCUCCUCAAAUCAAAAUCGCUGAUUGGGGAAUGGCCGCCUUUGCUCCUCCUACGCUUCAGCUCGAAACUAGUUGUGGAUCGCCUCAUUACGCCAGUCCAGAAAUCGUCAACGGCGAGAAGUACCAAGGGAACGCUACUGAUAUCUGGAGCUGUGGCGUCAUACUCUAUGCUCUUCUCACUGGACGCCUGCCUUUUGACGACAAGAACGUCAGAACUCUUCUCACCAAGGUCAAGAGUGGGAAAUACGACAUGCCCGCUUGGAUAGAUCCCCUUGCGAAAGAUCUCCUGAGCAAGAUGCUUAUCGUUGACGUUAAGCAACGUAUCACGAUUCCAGAAAUUCUUUCGCACCCUUGGCUCAUAUCACACCCCGCUAUCCCUUUUUCGGCGUCGGAUGGCUCUAAGUUUACAAUACUGGCACCUCCACUCCCUCCUUCCCCGAGUAUCCUCGCUCGUCCUAUUGCUUCUCUUGACUUGAUUGAUUCAGAGCUAUUCUCGUCUCUUCGUAUCAUCUGGGGACGUCACGCGGAUCCUCAAGGAGAAUCUAUCAAGCGCGAUCUCUGUGGGCCUGCCAGCCAAGGGGUGUAUGCGAAGGCUUUCUACUUCUUACUCGGAAAGUAUCGCGAAGAGUCUUCUAAAAACCGCUCUAAUGACGCUGAAUUUGACCUUCAACGGGAGUCUUCCAUCGAUCUGGAAACGGCCAAAUUCAACCUCGGCUGGGAGCUUGACCAUUCUGGUGCGCCUGGCAGUCUAAGGAAGUACGAUGUGUCAAAGACGCAUCACGUUUUCUCCAGCCCGCAGAAAGUCUCGACUCCCUCGCCUGCUCUGCCUGCUGCCGCUCAACAGCCCUACCCCAACAUCUCAAUUGGGCCACCUCCUGGCAUGAACUCGCGUAAACGAACUUUUACGGAUGGCAGCCUUCCCGCCAAAGACCGGUCCGACACGGUCCCUCGCUCUGCCGCGAACAGCAGUCGUACGCAAGUAGAGAGCUGGAAGGCGCAGUUCCUGGCGCAGAAGGAUAACCUUUCUGAUACCACUACCUCGUCCAGCGCGAGCAGCACUUCCACGGCGAACAGCCACAUGCGUCGAAAACCUUCCGUCAGCUCUCAGGCCACCAUUGCUGUUGGCGCCGCGCCUGCAGGUGUCAAUCUCUUAGGGCGAAGUGGUGGGCGUGUAGUCGCACCGCGUCGGGGACAGACCUAUUCUAUGAUGCCAGAACGGCGGGAACCUAGUCAACCUGCCUCCGCAGGGACGACGGUCGGGUCUAUGGGCUUCUCGCAACACCUCCAACAGAUCCAGGCGCGUGCCGCAUCUGUUUCGUCUUCCUCGCGAUCCUCGCAGUCCCACUCUCGUUCGCAGCGGCCUAAGUCGUCCAUCGGCCCGCUCUCGCCGUUCACCGAGAACGAGAAGCGGGCGAUGUUCGCGUCGCCGGUCUUGGACGUCUUCACCGGCGCCAAGACCAAUGCCAGUAGCGACGAUGCUGGGAGGCCUGUGAGCGGGGUUCAGUCUGACGCCAGUGCUAGCGUCGGUGCACCUGUGGAUCUCGUAGAGGUGGACCUGCCAUUGCUUACGGCACCCAAAACCGACAACCCGGAACUGCAACGCACCAUGGAGGACAUCACACAGAGGGUGAACGAGCUCGUCCAGGCUGUUGCAGGCUCUCAACACGCUGUAACCGCGCCUGCACCGUCUCUGUUGCCCGCUGGAGGUCAGACCAAGGACGGUGCGCGGACACUGGCCGUGCAUUCCCACGGCCCUGGGCAUGGGGCAUCUAGCCACUCGCACCCUCACCCAAAGGCGGACGAGGACAAGGAGAAUCAGAGCAUCGACGAGGAGAGCUGGAGCCAUGUUAAUGUCAGUGGCGAUGCGGAUCGGUCUGGUGGUGUGGGGCUCGGCGUCGGCCUCGCGGGUCAUAAUCAUGGCCAUCGCGAUGUUGGCAGGGAGAUCGGGAACGUGUCACAGAACGUUUCAAGCUCACCCUCGAGAGGCAAGAAGGAAAAGGAGAGAAAAGGCCGGCCCCCUCCGCUCGACCUGCCGUCUCUCAACCCCAAGCGCACGACUUUCGCCAUGUUGGGCUCGCCAAUCGCCCUGUCUACGCCGCUUCAUCCUCCGCCGUCCAGCGCCAACAGGAUAAUGGCUUCUCCCGUGGUGGGCGAGUUCAAAGGCUGGUUCUCGAACCUCUUCAGCUGGAAGAACUCGAGCGCCAACGGGGCUGUUCUCUACUCGUCUGACGACAUCCAUAGGACACGCCUGCACGUCGCGCGAAUCCUCGAGGGCUUGGGUAUCGUCCUCGCCAACCACCCAAGUGAAGCGCAUCUCACCUCUGAGCAAACACAGUCAGAGGUUCUCUUCUGUCGUGUUGAUCAGCCGACAGUCGAUCCCGCCAAUGGCGUCUCGCUCAAGAACGUCCGCUUUCGAGUCGAAUUUCGAGCAGGGCCUGGUCCAUCUCACGAUCUGCAAUCGUCAGCUCAUCCUGUGGGCGGUUCCGGUGAAGAUCCCUCAUAUUUGCUAACGGCGCCACCGCAGACCCCCAACUACGCUGUGACGCCCACAUCUGCAGGCCCCGUCUCGCAUGGGACACCACUUCCAAGUCCUAUGCCUGCUAUGGCGAAGUGGGACUUCCCACCUGGGUGUCUGUGUGCGGUGGCGUUGGUUUAUGAGAAGGGCUCCAUGAGUACAUUCAGAGCGGUCUGGCGGAGGCUCAAGGAAGAAUAUGGCGACUCCAGCACGGCGUACCCGUGCUUCAGCCCAGCUAUUCCUGGAACGCCGUAUACGGAGAGCCAGCGGAUGGUGGUGUGA